AUGAGACUUUUAGCUGUGAGCGAUCUCCAGGGCAAUUGGGCCGCUCUCGACCAUAUUGUUGCUCAAAACCCAAACGUCGAUGCCAUAGUGCACACGGGAAAUCUUGGGUUUUGGGACCUGAGCACCGUGGAAUCAGCAUCUGACGUCAACUACUUAAAGCAGAUUGUCGCAUUUCUGGAGGUUUUGCUCAAGGAGGUUGUUGCUGAACUCAAUGAUUUGCUGACCAUCAAUAGUGCUCAGGAUUUGGGCACAACAAACUCGGUGUUGGCGGUGUUCAAGCUGAAACUCUUGCUGGAGACACCUAUGGAGCACCUACAGCAGUAUAUGUCGGGACAGAGGAAGUUGCCAUGUCCCCUUUACACGACCAUUGGCCUGUUGGAUGACCCGUACAUCGUGGAACGAUUUGUCAAGGGUGAAUGGCGUAUUCCCCACUUGCACAUCCUCGACCACACCCAUAGCUACUUGCUUGAGCCUGAAAAUUCAAACGCUCCGCCAAUAAGACUUUACGGCAUUGGGGGAAACUUGAACGUGCACAGUUUGUUUGAUAGUGGGAAGCUCGGACUUGACUCUGUGGCAGGAAAAGUAGGUGAUUUAUGGAUUACGUUAGCUCAGGUGGCUCAGCUAUAUGUUCACAUGAAGCUGCGGCGAGAGAGUGCCAUCAAUGUCUUUGUGUCCCACUCUCCGGUGAUGAAAAAUCCGCUUAUCGAGCACUUGGCGAUCGUGACGGGCGCAGAUUACACAAUUUCCCAGGGGCUCCAUUUCAGGUACCCCGUCUCAGGCAAUGGAAUGAGCUUUGUAGAGAGUAUGGGUGGCCUGGCUGGCUACAUUGAAAAUUAUCGGCUGAAAUUCUCGAGACUACGGAUGAUCUUGGGCGAGUUGUGGGUGAUCAUUAAGGAAGAUGUGGCCAGAGUGUUGGAUAUGGCUGAGAACGCAGAGCUCAAAAGACUUAUAGAGCUUGGGCUUUCUGUGUUCGAUAAGAUUCCCAUAACCAUCAAUGAUACCACAGAAAAAAUCAUUAGACUCACAUUGUACGACGACGAUGAAGAUGAAGAAGAUAUUGAUACGAGCAAGCAGACGCUCAAAAAGAUCAACGACAUGUACUUUGCUGCAUACUACAACUUGUGGCAUUUCAAUCUCUGUGACUAUAUGAUACGAGAGGAGGAGGACGACGAAGAGGAGGAGUACAACGUGAUGAUCUUCAGGCUUAAAAAGAACGGGAACUUGGCAUUAGAGCAGUGCCGGUCUCUGGGAUUCAAUUUCAGUGACAAUAAAAAGAACGAGUUGCCUGAAGAGGAGGCUCUUGAUAGCUAUGAAGAGUGCGAUCCGGCGGAGGAGGCGCUUCGACGGACCAAGGAUUUACUAAAUAGUACCUCUUUCAAUGGGAACCGCAACCAGGGCCAAAGCAGCCUUCGAGGAGGUCUUCGAGGCGGGUUCCAGCCCCGAUCCCGUGCAAGGUGA